GGGUGUGAUCUCUCCCCGGUACAACGUGAAGCACAACGAGAUUGAGAGCUGGGUCAAUUUGUUGUUGCCUGCUCGUGGGUUUGGAAUCAUCAUUCUCACCACGUCUGGUGGUAUUAUGGACCACGAAGAGGCGCGUCGCAAAAAUAUUGGUGGAAAGCUCUUGGGAUAUGUGUACUAGAUAGCGCUAAUUACCGGAAUCAGUAAUUGAUGACCCCUGAGUCCCUUUUGAACUUUGUACCACUACCACCACCUUGAUGGCGAUGUCGUCGCCUCGCACGUCAAGGUCGCCUACGCCUGGCGUGCAGACGAUAACACGCAAAGUAAUACGUACUCUGGAAGGCCUCGGUGAGCACCCGGUGGAAGAAGAAUCGUCGAAUCCUUCCUCUGAAGACGAUGAACCGCAGGAAAAGGAAAAGGAAAAGGAAAAGAUUGACUGGGAGAUACCGCGCAAGGUGCUGCAUUCGUCGAUAGGCUUUGGGACGCUGUAUCUCUACGUCUCUGGCGGGUCAGCAGCGCCGGUGACGCGCGUUCUCUGGACAUCGCUCCUGCUCGUCAUCCUUCCUGCCGACAUCCUCCGGCUUACCCUUCCCCGCUCGCCCUUUGCCGGCCUAUACAAUAUCCUGCUCGGACCUCUCAUGCGGCCGAGCGAGCUGACACAGACAAACGGAGUGAUCUACUACAUUCUCGGCGUCAACAUUGUGCUCACGUUCCUACCGCUGGAUGUAGCUGUGGUGUCCAUCCUCAUCCUCUCCUGGGCGGACACGGCGGCGAGCACAUUUGGGCGGCUGUACGGACCGUCGACGUCGAAACUGCCGUGGUCGAAGAAGAAGAGCGUCGCGGGGUUCGUGGCAGCUGCAGUGACGGGGACGAGUAUCGUGCUCGGCUUCUGGGGCGGGAUUGGGGGCGGGUCAUGGGUACCCUCUGAGAAGGGCUGGGUCGGGACAGUCGUAUUUGGGGCGUAUGCAGGACUCGUCAGUGCCUUUGCAGAGUCCCUUGAUUUUGGAUUAGAUGAUAACCUGACAUUGCCUGUUAUCGCAGGUGGCUGCCUUUCUGCUUAUAUCACCAUAUAUAAUCGUCUCUUUACGUAACACAAAUAACAUACCCAUGCCUGUUGACCACUACCACGCUCUUAAAGUACCAAGGAAUGCAUCCAAGGCCCAGAUAAAGUCCUCUUUCUACCAGGUACGAUG